UGAGCCGCAGUACAGCACAAGGCCGUCCGUAGGAGGAUAGGAGCUCGAGGCCAAUUAAUAUCGGCCUGGGCGUUGGAUAACCCUGCGCCCAACCACCAGCGGUGCUGUGCGCGGCCGUGACGCAUCGCUAGAGCCGUGACGCGGUAUCCCCUGCACCUGGCUGCGAAGCUGCGAGAGCUGCGUGAGCUGUCAUGCAGAUAUAUGAACAGGCCUCAGCUCGUCACCUCUCGUCCAGCACAGAAUACGUUCCCCUUCCUCACCGCCCUCGCCCCAAACUCCCACUCCACAACCUCCCAUCUUCACAACAACAACACAGCAACAGUAACAGCAACACAACAACAGAGCAACGCUCCACGGACUGCUGCUCCACUAGCUUCUCCCGCUUCAGAAAGUGUAAGUACCUACCAUUCCUACUCCAAACUCCAGGCCCGAGUCCGGACUGCGCAGUGUCACUUUGGGUUGAGCUUGAUCGGAAAUCGUUGGAGCGAGAUGAGACCACCGGUCCGCCGUGCCUAACCAGAAACCCACGGUCAACCGUCCUUGCCCCGCCCCAAUGGCCUACCUACCAUCUUGCUCAUCUGCACUUGGUCUGUUGGCUCCGGCUCCGCCCAUGCCGCGCAGUAAACGGCGAGAGUUCCAAUUCCAAGCUGGCUUGGCUGCAAUGAUCUCUUGCGCGUGACUGUCACGCAUACGUGCACGUUGGCCUCGUCGGCCGGCAUGGUCGCUAGCCGAAUUACGCUUUGUGCGUUCGUCUCGGCGAUUACGAGAAGCUUGCACCAUGCCAAAAUCUGGGCAGCAUGCGGCAUAUGCGCAUCAGUAGCCGUCAGCGGCGCAUGUCUCAGUCUUGGCCCAAUAUGGUUGUGAAGCGCGCGG